AUGUCAUCUGAUCUUGAAGUAUUGAUCACUGAACUUGAGGCUAAGAUAACUGAUGAGAAAGCUAGGUUUGAAGUAUUGAUCACUAAACUUGAGGCUAAGAAAACUGAUGAGAAAGCUAGGCUUGAAGCACUUGAGGCUAGAAUUUUAAAACUAGAGCAGGAUCAGGCAGAAAAAGAGGCUAGAAUUUUAAAACUAGAACAGGAUCAGACAGAAAGAGAGGCUAAGAAAAAUCGCAAAUUCCAGACUAGAU